AUGACGGAUCGGCCUUCCUCGGUGUCAGGCCCGGAGGAACCCAUCAACUACGUUGGACGAAAUGGCCACCUCCCAGAAGGUGCGCCCCGGCGGGCCUCCGGCGACAUGGCGGAAGUUGCAGAGCUCGACCCCAAGCCAAUCGUCACAAAGCCGCCAACCGCGAAACUCCCGCUCCCCGGCGAUCUGACGGAUGCCCAAACCGCCCUACGACAUCCCUAUGCCCACCUCUACCAUUCCUCCAGCGCCUCGCGGUCGCCAUCCACCCGGACCUCGUCGAGCUCGCUCCAGGCCCUCAACGAGGAUACUGUGGUCGACGCCCGGUCGGAUAACGCCUUUAUCCGCGCCCCUCUCCCCCGGCGAACUUCGCAUCAUUUAGGGCACUCCGACUCCCAAUCUUCUUCCGAUUACCCCGUAUACCCCGACCAAUCCUAUGCAGUCCUCCAAUCUCAAGUACACCCAACCUACCAACCACCUUACCUCCGCACUCGCAGUUCCUACCCCUCCCGGACCGAGUCCCUCUCCCGCAUUGGGUCGGCGCGCGCCUCUCGCACGGCCGGCAACACCCCCGUAUCAAGCCCGGGGCUGUUCACCUUCCGCGGUCCGCGCUCUUCGACGCCGUUCGCCUCCGAUGAUGAAAACCAUGCCGGCUCUCCUUUCCUCCACCCCACGCACCUUCAACCACCCAAAGAAACUCACACGGCCGAGGUCGAUCGAGAUACGGUGACCGGGAACAAAGUCAUCAAUCAGUAUGAGAUUCUCGAAGAACUCGGGCGCGGCGAACACGGGAAGGUGAAAUUGGGUCGGCAUGUGGCCACCCGUCAAAAGGUCGCCAUCAAGAUUGUGCAACGAUACUCGAAACGGCGUCGUCUCGGGAAGCUAGGGAACCCAGAAGACAAAGUGAAGAAAGAAGUUGCCAUCUUGAAGAAGGCGCGACAUCCCAACGUCGUCAGUCUUCUAGAAGUCAUCGACGACCCCAAUCGUCAGAAGGUCUACAUUGUCCUUGAAUAUAUUGAGAACGGAGAGAUCAUUUGGCGCCGCCGAGGCUUACGCGAGAUCGUGCACGUCGAUAAGAGUCGGCUGGAGCGGGAAAAGGCCGGCGUUGCUGAUUCGCCCUCGUUUAUGGAGGAAAGCCAGCAAUAUAUCCGAACGGCGCAACAUCUGCGCCGCCAACGGGAAAAGGCACGCGAACGCCGCCAAGCCCAGGCGGCUUUUGCCCAGCAGGGUCCGAUUCCCGCCUGGAGUUUAGAGCACGGAGCGGAAUCGGACGACGACCUGGGCCCCGAACUGACCGCAUCUCGGACGCCCAGUCGCUCCAUGCGAAGCCAGGAGGAACCCCAAGCAUCGCCAAGUCACUCAUUCUCCUCGACGCACGAUUCCGCCCUCGCGGCCAUCGAGGGCAGUAUGUAUGGCGCCUAUGUUGACUAUCCAUUUGAACGACGAUUCAGCACCGCAUCGAGCAGCUAUGGCUAUGCGCCGUCCGAGCCCGAAUGGUUACCGGACGAUGACGACAUGGCCUAUGUUCCGUGCCUGACCUUCAACGAAGCUCGCAAUGCGUUUCGGGACUCUUUGCUAGGUCUGGAAUAUCUUCAUUACCAAGGUAUCAUCCACCGCGACAUCAAGCCCGCCAAUCUGCUCGUCACCAGCAAUUAUCGCGUCAAGAUCUCCGACUUUGGGGUCUCCUAUCUGGGGCGGCCCAUCCGAGAUGAAGACGAAGAGCAGGUCGGUGAGACCGAUGCGACCGAACUUGAUGAUGCGCGGGAACUGUCCAAGACCGUGGGGACCCCUGCCUUCUACGCUCCCGAGCUGUGUUAUACCGGCGAGGACUUCGUCGACAGCUUGGGCUCAGCACCCCGGAUCACAGGGGCGAUCGACGUGUGGUCCCUGGGUGUCACCCUCUAUGGAAUGAUCUUUGGGCGCCUGCCGUUUGUCUCCGAUGACGAAUACAGCAUGUUCCAGACGAUUGUGAAGAAGGACGUCUUCAUUCCCCGCAAACGCUUGGCGCCGGUGGAGGAUGAUCCCGAUACCGUCAGCCAAUGGCCCCGCUAUGUCGACAGCGGAAAGCGGAGAGAAGAUGAACUGGUGUAUGAAGAGAUUGACGAUGAACUGUAUGACUUGCUCAAGCGGCUGUUGACGAAGGAUCCGAUCAAGCGUAUCACCGUGAAAGAGAUCAAGCAUCAUCCUUGGGUGCUGGACGGACUGCCCAAUCCGCGGGACUGGAUCGAAGAGACCGAUCCCGGCUACCAGAGCAAGGGCAAGCGGAUCGAAGUUUCCAACGAGGAAGUCACUUCGGCUGUCAGCAAAGUCCCUUUCAUCCAACGAGUCCGAUCUAACGUGGCGAAGUGGUCUACCUACUUUACCGGAAAGACCAAAGACAAGGAUGGCCGGAAACGUACGCCGAGUGCGAGUCCCUCGGUGGAGUCGUCGUCUACGUCUAGCAGCAAUGCUUUUGGCAAGUAUCUGUGGGACACCAGCCGUCGAGCGAGUCUCAGGGGAGACGAGGAUUUCUCCCGUCCCUCUCGGCUGACCAGAGAUGGUGAACAUCCUCUGUCCCAAAGUGUCACCGCCAGUCCCGUCGGUAGGGAAGACCAGACCUCGUACUUUCAAAAUGCGCCACUUGAUCUUGAUGCCCUGAAUGAGCGGACCCCACGACCCGCCCCUCCUGACCGCGCCACGUCGACGUUAUCGACCGCGGAGUCUGCAAAGACAGUCAAACCAUCGGACUCUAAUAUCACCCCUUCCCAACCUCGUCUGUCCGCGCCGAAGUCUCGGGUUGAAACGUCCGGGACCACCAACGUCAGUGGGCUGUUCGGCGGCGCAAGCCGCCGACUGGCUAGGGGGUUGCAGACAGGGGAGCGGCGCUCAGACCGAUCGGUCUCCGAAUCUGCUUCUGUAGAUGGGGACAGUCACUCUGAGCCCAGCCUGGCCGUCACGGUGGCCUCGGUGGUGGGGCAUUCCUCUACCUACCUCUCGGAGGAGUCUUCGUCGCACGCGCAGAACUCGCUCUCGGUGGCCUCGGGACACCGACGCAAUCGCUCUCACUUGUCGGAUACGACUCCUGCUGAGCCUUUCCACCUCUCCAAAGAAGCUCUACAUCGGCCGAGAAGGGAUGACACGGGACCUACUGCCUAUGGCACUGAGGGCGCUCCUCGCAGGGAUAGCGAGCCGAAUGCCAGAUUUCAUGUGCACGAAAGCGCGUUCGCCGAUUCCCACGUGGGAGGGCUGACGACUUCCCCUCCGUCGGCGGCCACGAUCUCUUCGUCUUCGGUCGAUGACUACACCAGCGGCAUGUCUCAAAGCACAUCCCAUCCGAGUAUCCCUUCAGUUGUAUCUGGCGCAUCCUCACUCUCGGCGGAAGGUCUCGGAAAAGAGAAGGAUUGUGACGCCGCUGGCCAGGUUCCAGCGAUUCUUCGCACCGGGGAAACCGUCAAAGCGCAACAGUUACACCCCCCUCGUCAUCCGGAGGACGACGAGGUACGGUACGAUUGCGAUGAUGAAGAGGAGUUUGAAGAUGACUCUGAAGACGAAGGACUGGUCAUUGGAAACAAAAAACCCACUUCUAAAAAGCCAGCCUGUCAUGGCAACCAGCCUACGACAUCCUGA